UUAGCACCGCGGCUGCAGCUCGCUUUGGUUUCCGUCCUCCUUCCGCCGCGAUGCUGCUGAGCGUUCCCACUCUCCUUCUCCUUCUCCUCUUGCUGCCUGCGACCCGCGGCGAUUGUGGCCCUCAUCCAACAUUUGGAUUUGCUGAACCAAGUGGGACUACCAAUGCAUCCUAUCCUGUUGGGACCAACUUAACAUACAGGUGUCACCCAGGUUAUGUUGUGGCUGUUGGAAAGUCUCCUCUCGUCACUUGUCUGGCAAAUUCAACAUGGGCAGCAGAGCCUGAGUUUUGCGUGGGAGAACAGUGUAGUACUCCAGAGAUCCUAAAUGGUAAAGUUGUCGUGACUGAUCUUCGGCUUGGUGAAACGGCGAAUUUCAGCUGUGAUGCUGGGUACCAACUAAGUGGGAAGAGUUCCCUCGUGUGUGUGCUUGUGGGCAGCGCUGUUGCAUGGAAUGGGGACAUCCCAGUCUGUCGAGGGAGGCUGUGCAAAACUCCAGAGAUCCCAAAUGGCAGAGUUGUGGUCCUAACGGAUACAUACUCGGUUGGAGCUACGAUCAACUUCACCUGUAAUGAUGGCUACAGACUAGUUGGGUCACCUUCAGCUAAGUGUAUUCUUGUUGGUACUGAUGUUGACUGGAAUAAGGAGCUUCCAAUCUGUGAUGCCAUUCCUUGCCUAGCGCCUCCCAGCAUUGCUAAUGGAACAUACGGUGAUACGAGUACCGACUAUACCUUUGGCUCAGUGGUCACAUACAAGUGUAACAAUGGUCUUUCCCUCAUUGGAAAUGCCUCUAUUCACUGUACAACAGAAGACAAAAUCAAUGGAGUCUGGAGUGGGCCUGCCCCCGAGUGCAAAGAGGUCAGUUGUCCAAACCCAGAGGUCCCAAACGGAAAUAAGGAGUCUGGAUUUGGGCCCCUCUAUACGUAUGAAGACACAGUAAUGUUUGUGUGCAAAGCUGGCUAUGUUCUGACUGGCAGCCAUCUGAUUCGAUGUGGAGCGGACAAUGCCUGGAGUCCUCCUGUCCCAACCUGUGUCCGACGGCCUUGCGGACCCCCUCCAAGGUUCGCUUUUGCUGAGCUAAGCGACAGCGUGAAUGAGUCCUAUCCUGUGGGGACCCGCCUCAGGUACCGGUGUCGCCCUGGUUACAGCCAUGUCAGUGGACUGUCUCCAUUUGUCACUUGCUUGGAAAACUCCUCCUGGUCCGAGGCCCCUGUGUUCUGUGAAGGGAGGCUGUGCAAAACUCCAGAGAUCCCAAAUGGCAGAGUUGUGGUCCUAACGGAUACUCGGUUUGGAGCUACGAUCAACUUCACCUGUAAUGAUGGCUACAGACUAGUUGGGUCACCUUCAGCUAAGUGUAUUCUUGUUGGUACUGAUGUUGACUGGAAUAAGGAGCUUCCAAUCUGUGAUGCCAUUCCUUGCCUAGCGCCUCCCAGCAUUGCUAAUGGAACAUACGGUGAUACGAGUACCGACUAUACCUUUGGCUCAGUGGUCACAUACAAGUGUAACAAUGGUCUUUCCCUCAUUGGAAAUGCCUCUAUUCACUGUACAACAGAAGACAAAAUCAAUGGAGUCUGGAGUGGGCCUGCCCCCGAGUGCAAAGUGGUCAGUUGUCUGAACCCAGAGGUCCAAAAUGGAAAGAAGCUGACUGGAUUCGGACCUCACUAUAUAUACAGAGAUACAGUAACUUUUGAAUGCAACACUGGCUAUGCUCUGAAUGGCAGCCAUCUGGUUCAGUGUGAAGCGAACAGUGCCUGGAGUCCUCCUGUCCCGACAUGUGAUCUACUUCACUGUGGCCCCCCUCCAAGGGUCAACUUCGCAGAGCCUAAUGGGACUGCAAACAAGGCCUAUCCUGUCUGGACCACCCUCGUCUACCACUGUUGCCCAGGCUAUACAGUUACUGGUGGCGAACCUCAGACAAUUACCUGUUUGGCCACUGCCGCCUGGUCAUCAGCCCCAAAGUCUUGUUUCGGGAAAAGUUGCGAAAUUCCAGUGCUACAGAAUGGCAAAAUUGAUAGUAAAGCUGGCGUUCAGCUUGGUGGAACAGCCAACUUUUCUUGUGACGAAGGGUACACACUGGAAGGGCCAAAAUCUGUCAAGUGCAUGGUUUCUGGCAGCAACGUGGUGUGGGAUAAGCCAAUACCAAAGUGUAUCCGGGAGCACAACACUGCUACAACAAUUGCUACGGGCAGCAUAUCUCUUCUUCUGGCGCUGCUGGUUCUGAACUUGUGAAAUCAGAUAGAGAUUUGGCAUGGAGAAAAACUGGAAGAGCCUGAAAAGCCUGAAUUCAUCGGACUUGCACUGAAUUUCUGAGGUGGUGUUGAACUCGCUGGCAUGGAGUUGACAUUGCUCUCACUGCUGUUUUCUUCCUUUGGUAAUUUUUUAAUAUGGCGGUAAUGAGGUCCCAGUUCUACCCGUUGUGCCUCUCACUUGUCAGCUGAGCAUGUACAUGGUGACGCAAAGGAUCAAGACCAAAUGUUGUGAACACAUGGGAACUUUAGGCUUUAUCUCCACAGUGCUGGAUUUUUUUUCUUAAAGGGCACUUAAGCCAUUUAUUUGUAUUGCAAGUUGUUAAAUUUAUGUGGAGGUUUUGACCUCCAAAGUGCAAUAUUAUCCCUUUUCUAAUGGCUUGAUGCCAAAGAGACUUGGAUUGAAAUCUUGCAGGCUCUUUUUUUGGGUGCACUUUGCACUUCAGGUGGACUUUGAGGUUUUUGCUUCAGGGUCUCCCAGGAUAAUUGGCAUUCCUCUGCUUCCUAUACCACUAAGCUCUGACGCAUCUGUUCUUACUCGGUUUAGUGUUUGUCCUCAAGUACAACAUAGUGAAAUGUGCAAAUGGUAUUGUUUCUGACUUUGAAAGAUGUCCAGAAUCUGUAUUACCAAGACCAUCUUAACGUGCUUCUCCUGCAAGGGAAAACAAACUGCAUUUGUGUCCAUAGGAAUGAUCAGCCCUUUCUGAUAAGCAAGCAGCAAAAAGGUUGUAUUUUUAAGAUGUUCAGUGACUUGGUGCCUAAAUUAAAUCUCUUGUAUUUCAGCAGCAGAAAAUGAGUUGAUAUACUUUUUAAAUGCUUCUCUCUGCAAGAAAGGUGGUUCGUAAGCAAAUAUUGCACCUCACUGUUUGAAAAGAUGUUUAAUAAUGCAAUAUUUGCUCUUCCUGUUGAGGAUGUUUAUAAGCAAAUGUGGAAAUCUUUUGCACUGUUUACAGUAUAAUUUAUUUGUAGAUCUGUAUUAUACAAGUUGUACAGAGUUCUAAUUAU